UCGCGGUGACGCUGGGAAUUAUCCACGCAGCCGAGUUUAGCGAGGGGGGAAGUAGCUGGUUGCGUGCCUCACCCCUCACCCUCACCAGCAGCUUGUGCUGCGCCAGUGCCGUCAACACACAAACAUUAUGAAGACUUAAAGGCCAAGCAACAACAACAAAGAAGUUCAUUCGACUGCCACACCCGUAAGGCACGGGAUGUCAAACCUGCUCCCAGAAAUCCCAGUGUUUGACCCGGGCGGGCGUGGGAUGAGCGGGACCACAUCAGCUGGGCAAGGGCAGCACGGCGUGCAGGCAAACAACUCGACGGUUUUACAUCCUCCCGUGGAGACAACACCAGGUUCAUCCUGGGUGACCUCGGCAGAAAUUCAAAAGAUCCUUCAAGAGAAUGAGGUUUUGCGAGAGCGGAUGAGAGGCCUGCAGAGCCUUGGCCUGCUCCUUAAUGAGUCCCAGGCAGAGGCACUGCGGUUAAGGCAGAGGGUAGAGGACUUGGGUCGUGAGUCUCCUCCCAACGCUUCUUUUCAACGCUGUCGUUCCCCAAACAGCUCCUCUUCCUCCGCUUGGACAGAAGCCGUGAUCCCACCUGGUAUCCCUUGGUCGAAGCAAUAUCUGAAAUUCGAAGGAAGCUCUUCUAAACCGCAACCGCCAAUGCACGAAGUCGCGGCCCUCCAACCACCAGACGUGCAGCUGAAAGACGUGUCGGCACAAAUGCAGCGAUUGGAAGACUCCAUCAUUCACUGCGCCACGGAGCUCGCCGAGUCGGCCGACGCUGCCGCGCGGGGAACAUCCCCCGCCGGCCAGUCGGAGACGCCGGGGGAGUCGCCCGACGUGGCUCAGCGGGCCCAGACGGACCUCUCGGAGCACUUUGCCCGGCUGGCUCACAAGUUCCACCAGCUGUCCGGCGUCGUGAAGCAGAACAGCCAGAAGACCUCGUGCAUGCAGGUCCUCUGCGAGAAACUCGCAACCGAAAACCAAGAGCUGAAGAAGAAGCUUGAAGGGGAAGGGAAGCAACAACAUCAGACGACCGAAGCUCGUCGGCGUGAAUGUGAGAGGCCGCUCGGCGAGAAGAAUGACAAAGCGAGCGAGAGUGAGAGCGACAGUGAUGCCGGCCUCAGGGAAUUUCACCAACUCACGGCCGUGGCCUCAAGACACAAUCAAACAUCCAGAUCUGAGAAGCCAAAGAUGAUCGAGAAGGCGGACAAAGCGUUGGGCGACGACCCCGCCGCGGUGGAGGUGCUCUCGCAGAAGGUGCGGACGCUGGAGAGGCAGCGCAAAGAGCUGCUGGAGGUGAACAAGCAGUGGGACGAGCAGUUCCGGACCAUGAAACAGCAGUACGAGGCCAAGGUCGUGGAGUUGCGGGGUCGGCUGUCUGCGGCGCAGAAGCAGAUGGCCACGGCGGGCGAGGGGCAGGAACGGCGCCAGCGCGAGUACGACCGCACGCUCGUCGUCGCCAAGAACCGUCUGGAUCGUGAAGAGCUCGAGCGGGAGCGGCUGCGUAAGGAGCUGGCGGAGGAGAAGAAGAGAACCAAGACGGCGCAGGAGCAGCUGGAGGGGACCACGCGGCACAAAGAUCUGUUGGAACGGGAGGUGUGGCGUCUCAACCAGAGCCUGGCGGAGUUACUGGCGGUGUCUCCCAGCUGCGCCGUGGUGCAAGAGUCGGCGGCCUGGCACCAAGCCCAGGCUGGCGAGGCUCCAUGCCGCCAGGAGGACCUGCGCACGCAGAUCGCCGUCAUGAGGCAGCAGCUUAAGAUCUACGAGGAAGACUUCCAGAAGGAGCGAUGCGACCGCGAGCGGAUGAACGCCGAGAAGGAGGAGCUGCGGCUGCAGAUGGAGCAGAAGGUCACAGAGACCGGGCUUCUUCGCGCACAGUUGACCACCUAUGAAGAAGACUACAAGAAGGAGCGGGAGGAGAAAGAGAGGCUACAGAAACAACUCAGGGGACAGCGACAGGCGCUGGACGUCGACCACCCGCUGGCGCCCAUGGAGGCGACUUGGACCGAGCCGUACGGCGAGUACCACUACGUGGUGCGCUACCCGCCGGGAGACCCGCGCGCCGUCGCUGCCGCCGCUACCACACACCCGCCAGCAAGCCCCGCGUCGCCACGCUCCCCUGCUCAUGUCAAGUUUCAGCGUUGGCCAAGAGACCAAAGAGCUGGGCCACGACCGCCGGUAAACCCCGUGAUGCCUGCGGACAUGGAGGUGGACGGCACCGCUGCCGGAUCCCCAGAAAACCAGCGGUAAAGCGUAAGCGGCGACUGGCAUUGGGGGAUUUUUUGUUCCCGAGAGGCGGUGGGGAGGGUGUGUGGGGGGGGAGUUUUUCCCUGCAAGCGGGUUCGCCUCUCCCACUCCGUUCCCGUGCAAAGCAGGGGGUCCACAUAUGCGUUGGAGCAGAUGGAGAGAGGCCUCGCGUUCAAUGGUGGUGUUGGAGGAGGAGGGAGGAGGGGCGGGAGGGAGGCGGCUGUACUUGGAAGUCGAGGAAGUGGCGUGAGAGGGCGAUGAUGCCGUGUGGUGAGCACGGAGAAAUGUACCCGUAACUGGGCCCCGGCAAAAAAAAAAAAUUCCCUCGCCAGGAAUUGGAAGGGGGAUGGUUCACGUCACGGCAGGGAUCGAUAAGGAACCGCACCUCUUUUCACCCCUCUCGCCCCCCAAAAAUGAUGGGGGGGGAAAAAAUCAAGGUGAUCCAUUUAUAGAUACCCACUCAAAUAAACUACUUUUGAGAGGCUUUUACUUAUGGCAUCCUGUACACACUGCAUAGCCACUAAUCUCUAUCCACACCCUUUUACCACCUUGCUUCUUCCCGCAUUCUCCUGUAAGAUGCGGAAGCUAUUGCUCUCACCAUAUUAAAUCAGCUGUUGUUGAGAAUAAAGUAAGCAGGUGCAAUUUGGGAUUGGUGGGGUAUCUAUAAAUGGAUCGCCCUGUAUAUGUCUUGCUUCCACUUGAAGCAAAAUGACGCCGUUUUUUUUUUUUAAAUGGUUUGUCGUCACCAGGUGCCCCAACAUAUAAUUCCUGAAAGUAAAACUAAAACAACAAUGCAUUUAUACGACUGGAAUUGCAACGAGAAAGCUAUGCGUUGUAGCUGCCCCUGGCUUUGUGCAGUCAAGCGUGUAUGUUAUGUGGGGUGUGCUAUUGCGUGUUUGAAUGGUUACGAUCUCUGUGAGGGUGAAUAUUGGUCAGGAAAACAGCGAGUGUGAGUUUUGCUGUGUGGGUGGGCUGGCGGAGUGGCAGUUUGUGGUUUGGGGAAGGUAAUUGUUUGAUCGCGUUACCUUUUAACUUAAUAAACUAGUCAUGUUUCAAACCCAGUUGCUGCUUUAAUUCUAAGAAACAUUGGAAUUUCUGAUACAUUGUAUUUACAGUGAAUGAUGUCGGUGUAUUUGUUUCGUCCAUGGGGCCAGAGGUUAAUUCGGUACCGUUGGGGGGGGGGGGGGCAAACGCCUACCAGCAGCAGUGUCUGCAUGCAGCGAGUAGAAGUGGAUCGUGUUGUUGUCGUAUCUGUUUUUGAACAGGAGAUGAAAUAAACACGCUGAGAACGCAUGCAAGGGCGACCUGGGUUGAUCGCGACAACGUAACUUGUUGAAUUCGUCUUACAUAAUUCACUUCAAUUGGCGCUUCAAAGAUCUUGGAAUGACUAAAAGUGUUGCCAUCUCGUGUGCUACCAACGAGUAACACAUUUGGUCCGGGGCUCAUGGACUGUGUUGGGCUCCCCAUGUGAGUUAGUUGGGAUUUUGGUGCUGUGUAUUGUUGGUGUGAUGUAAAAGACAACCUAUGAAUGAUUUUUUUUUUCAAUAAUGGUGGCCUUGUUGGCCCACCUAAUUCUACGUCCCGUCUCAUGCUCGCUUCGUUCCCAACCUUCUCUGUCCCUCCUCAUUCUUGUGCCCAAUCCCGUUUUUGGUCCUCGCUCCUUGCAGCCCUCCGUUGUGUAAAAAAACUUCCCCUGUUCACGAAGCAAUCCUCCUUAACUUCAUCCGUUCCUCUCUCCAAGCCUCGCCACCUCUUCUCCAUUGCCCCAUUCUCUUUUUCUUCCCCCCCCCCUCGCCCCUCCACUCCUUCCCGUCCCUCCCCUACCCUCAUCCCCCCUCUAUCGCUGUCACGCAUUCCUCAAUGGUUGCACGACCCGUGCCGUCUAAAUAAUUUUUUGCUGUCAAUCUUCUUGUAACUGUGUCAAGCGCCUUGAACGAAGGCACUCUAUGAAUAUAAAUUCGAUUUAAUUAAUGGACGAUGUUGGGGUUGUUCUCUGUAAAAUGACACUGCUGUUAAUUGCCACUAAGCCAGCAAGGUCACAGUGAUAAUCUUAAAUGUUUUGUUUCCCGAGAAAGGGACAUUGUGGUUACGUGUUAUAAAAGCCAACUCUGGCUUAUUUCAGGGUGUGAGUGAGGGAUGAUUUUGGUUUCUGUGUGGGUCCUGUUCUGAUCGAAAGAGUGAAACUAAGAGUGUGCGGUGUAUUCAAUUGACAUGAGUGUGACGUUUAAUUGGUGACGAAUGGUGAUGCCUGUUAAAGUGGUAUUUUAUCACAAGUUGAAAAUGUAUGACUCUUAUGAACGUGGCAAAAAAAAAUGUUGCAUCGAAAGGCCAGUUUCAAAUUUACAAAUGAGAGCACACUCACGGAUUAUUCAAAGCACUGUGAUAUCAGCGGUGAUCAUACACGUUAAGUUUGCGUGAAAUAUUGGUUUUUAAAAUGUUAAGCAUUCAAGUGCAUUGGUGAGCUUUUAUGCAUUUGUUCUUAACAGCUGUAAUUGUUCUGAAGACGCUUAUGCAGUGUCAAGGGUAAUAUAUAAAUCAUUAAGUGCAUUCAUUCCGAUGUUUACUUUCGUCAUUUGCAAUAUCUCCAUAACCUGCACUUGCCCUAUACCGUACAUAUGAACACCCUUCAGCCACAGUAACCAUAUACGUAACUAUAUACAAGUUAGGACAUUGCUUACAACGAUUCCUUUGGAUCAGCAGAGGUGAAUUGUGAGUGCUGUUUGUGACGACAGGUUUUUGCUUACCCGAGACCACGAUGUGUGCAUGUCAACAAAGCUACCCAUGAUCCUUUGCAGAGGGCAAAGGGCGUAACCUAUAGUCUCGCCUUGAGUCAGGUUCCUCUGGGUACCGCUGGAUACCUGCGGGAACAGCUUACCGUUUCGGCUGCGUGUCAGGUUGUGUUCAUCGGUUCAUAACCUUGACCCGUACCCAAACGGCAAGCUGUACAAAGGACUUUGUUCCGAAUCGCUUUGUGCGUAACCAACUGGAUCCAGGACCCGAGUGUAAUCAAUAGGAAGCACUUAUAUCCCUAAAUUCUUUAUGGAUUAUGAACCAAUUAAACGAAACUCAGGGAAAAAAAAGUUUUUUUUCUCUUUAAUGCGAGUGUGGUUUUCCCAGUUGAGCCGCGUGUUGAGCGUUCAUUCUCUCAAACUCUCGCCACGCACGACUACGGGCAUCCGGCAUCGUCUUCAGUUCAACGCCGCAGCAGAAAGCCCGCGGCAGCAGCAGCAGCUCGUGGCAAAAGCUCGAGAGCGAAAUUGUGCAGCCCGAUCCGGCAAAACCGCGCUUGGAUUACGGGAGGCCGGCCCAAUCUUUUGUGUUGAAAAAUCAUUGCUCGCGAUAGCUUGCGCUGUUGUUCCAAAGCCAUUUGAUUUGGGCAUUGUUACGCAAUCAAAACUGCUGCUUUAUUUUUGAUGGCCACAGGCCACCCGCACGCCAUCAACAUGCCACCCGGCUAAGAUGGCAAAGCGUCGUGAUUGUAAUUUUAUUUUCUUAAACACAACUGUCAGAGCCCGCCUGUUCAGUGCCAUCUACGACGUGUGCGACGCCUUUAGUGCGCAAGAGCAAUGGGCGGAUUAAGAUCGGAGCGCGCACAACUGUCCAUGUAAAGUCGAGGCUCGUAUUAAGCAUGGCUGAGUAGCUAAGUAAUUAAAGGGCUUUCACACUCGAGAAAUGUACCGGUUUUUUCCCAAUGUUAAACAUCACAUGAACAUUAAGCCCAUGUAUUAACUCAAUACUGUAUACAAGCCAAUAAUCUUUAUAAGGAAGUGGGAUACCAAUAACUAUAUUGUAUUAUUACAUAGGGACGUGGGAUUACAGUAAUAUGAUUUAAUUGCUUAAGCUUUAGUUAUUUGCCAAUUUUAUUGCACAAACAUCUUUAUAUAUAAAAAAAAACGAACUCCCGUCGGCAGAUCACAUCCUUUGCUUCAACCCGUAUAUGCAGUUUCCUCAUCUCAAACGGUCUUAACACACGGCUGGGGCGCGUUAUGCACCCAGGUGUUGAUGUCAUGACACAUGCAAAGCAUGCUGGGGUAGGCCCAAGCUCAUUGGGCGUAAUAGCGCGUGUCACUGUCUUGGAAAUUCACCUCUGGUCUGUGUAUUUUAUUACUCAGAAGCUAAUGCGCUUAAAUCCGUUGACGGCUUCAUCCAGUGACAGCCCGGGCGAGCCUGAAGGGGCGGGGGAGGUGGAAGUGGAGGGGACAGUGUUUUGCUGGGUCGAGCCAGGGCAGGACGUGGAGCAGAUGAACUCUACCACCAGCCGAGCGAGGGGCCUUGUUUGGCUCGAGUUUUCCUGCGGGCCAGGUGUUGCGAGAUCCCCGCGUUUAACAGCCCCACAGCGUUCAAAGCCAAUUAAUAUAAACUUCAAACACGUGGCACGAUGGGCCGUGUGUGUGUUUGUGUCUGUGUGUAGCUGAAGGUGCAGAGAGGGUGUUUUGCAUGUGGGAAAGGUUUUGUUGCCCCGUUUGCGUGCCGGGCGGUACAAGACCCCCCCCCCUCCACCACGACCCUGUGACACCCAACCACCGAAUCUGAUCUUGGGCUCAUCUCCAGACAUUCCUGCACGUUGGUUCUUUGCGGUGACAUUUGGUUAUGUCGAUAUGCUUUCAAGGGUGGCAGUUAGAUGCAAAUAAAGGCAAAAUGCCGUGUUCUUAAUUCAAAUGCGUUUGGAUUGCAAAGUUGUGUAAUAACUUAAAAGCGUAUUGCCAUCGACAACCAGGAAAAGAAAGUUUUCAUUUCCGCAAUAAAAUUAAUGUACCUGUAUACCUGUUCAUGUUUUCACCUAUAUACAGGGCUUCUUUGCUUUGUUUCAAAUGUCUAAUUGUGGAAUGCUUUUAUGGUGUCUGCCGGCCGAGUCGCUCUUGAAAAAAGGGCUUCUUAGCUCUAUGGGUUUCACUCGGGAAAUAAAAUUUUGAUUAUGAAUAUUUUUUGGCGACCCCCCCCCAACCCCCAUUUCGCCCACCCUCCUGACUGGAUAACAGUCGAGGGGGGGGGGGGGCAGUAGGGUCUGUGGGUGAGGGUCAAUAUUUUCCGGAGGCCAGCCCCGGACAGCUCUGUGAACACAUCACAUUAUAUCUUCGUCUAAAACUCGACCCAAGCGAACGACUGCAGUGUGCACCGAGCCUCAUUCAUCACAUCCAGUGGGUGGUGUUUUGUUGCGUCGAGCAAGCCUCGUCUUUUGCUCGCCCCAAGACAAUUCCAAGUCACCGGCAUCUGCAUCGGGUGCCUCUCUGUGGAGAGACGUGUUCUAACACAAGCUCGUUAUUAACGACGUGCUGGGAGGUUUUUCUGCCACGCGCGUGCCAAAAGUCGCCGCCGUGAAGCCUUCCCCCAGCGGCGUUUCCGUGGCCCGGGGAGUUUUUACUCAACCAGCACGAAAUGUCCCGUAAAAGGAAGUUCGUUCUGUACGCGAUGAUAAUAAGACGCGGGUGAACGAGGAAUAUUUUUACCGAGAUUUCUUCACGUGGCUCGUACGGGGGUGGUGUGUUCUGGGGCAAAACAAAAAUCGACUAAACUUCAAAUUUUACUGAGCGAUAUGCAGUCGCUGUUUUUCAGAAGCGACCUGGCUCUCACGAAUGAUGGCUCAACGAAAUCAAAGUGUGUAGAAAUGUGUAGCAGCCAAAUACUCUUAAAACGGAUGUUUCUAAAAUGUGGAGGGGAAAACCGGAGGACCCGGAGAAAAAUCUACGCGACCACGGGGAGAAUAUGCAAACUCCAAAAGAACUCCAAAUAUAGAAGCGUCUGGGUCGGGAUCGAACCCACGAGGUAGUUAACAUCUCGCCACAAGCUCAUCGUUCAGAAAGUCGGGUUGUGAUGAGAACAUGUGAAUACAGCGGCUAAUGGUAUUGAAUGCUUAUGUUCAAUUAUCAACCCGCGUGGGAAGAUGGCGACAUCAAAGUAGAUUAAUUAACUGUCCGUUGUAUUCUUGGGUUGGACCGCGUGCUGUUCGGCAUGAUCUCAGCACUUGGAGCGAAACGUCGGACAUUGUGCCUUCAGCACGCGGUACGACCCACGAAGAACAUCGGAGAGCCGUACGGCACAACCGCGAAAAACCCUACCCAGUGGGCUCCAAGGUAGAUUCUCACGCGUUUCAGUGUCGAGAAAUGGGAUUGGCAAUUUUUGAUUCCCAGGACACUUCUCAUUAACGGGGUUGAAAUAUUGGACCUAAUUUGCACUGCGGUGGCGAGAAGUUAACCUCCCUCGCCUGACAUUCCAGGAGGUUUCGUGGGUUCGAUCCCAACCCUGACGCAUGCUGUAUAUUUGGAGUUUGCGUGUUCUCCCGGUGGUCGCGUGGAUAUUUCUCUGGGUCCUCCGGCUUUUCCGGAGGAAUUAUUUUGGCUUCAGUACAUUUCCGCGUGAUGGGCCGCUUCGUUGAGCUAUCAUUCGUGGCCGGGACGCUUCUGAAAAAGAAGCGAGAAGCUGCAGUGGGCCUUACCUGGUAAAAAGAAAAUAUAUAUAACAAUAAUCUGAGCGGUACUGUCAGCCAGCCGGACAGUUGAGAUUUGAGUUGGAUACCUUGGUGACCCCACGAACGGCCCCAUGGCCCUUACGUGGACCCCGAGAUCCACUCGGAUGUGUUGGGGUGAAACCUAGUUGAGGACACGUGGUACAGCAGGUCUUGUCACGUGUGUUUUGUGAGAAGGGUCUGGUUGGCCUUGGGUAGGUUUUUUGAAAAAUAUAUAUCUGUAUUAAUGUAUUUACGAGUGCAACAAUUUGCUAUUCGCUACGAGUAGCCUUUAAUAAUCCUAGUUGUGAUUAUGCUGUCGCAGAACUAUGUAACGCAAACGAAAUUCAAUAAAGGUUGUCAUCUAA